AUGCCGUCGACGCGCUCGCUGCGUUCUCAUGCGACUCCGCGCUCGUCGCUGGAUGGACAAGAUGCUAACAUGUCGACAAGGUCUGGUCGCCUCACACGAGGAGCCGCCGCCGCGACCAUUGACCCCGCUCCUUCGGUCACUGUGUCACGCUCAUCGCCAGGCUCGUCGCCCGGGGCCAAGUCUAUACAUCUCACAGUCAAGAUGUCUUCAAGCAAAUUGCGCCAAGUGACCAACAGCAGGAGCAGUAGGGCUUCUGCCUCCGCUGCCAAUCGUCACAAUAUCUUUACUGAAGACCCUGUUGUCCACGGUAAGCGUAGCAGUAGGAGCAACAGGAAUCUGAGAGAAGUCAGUGACGACGAAGAGGAUGACGAUGUGGAUGAGGAGGAUGAUGAAGAUGUCGAAGAAGCUGAUUUGUCGGAAGACGCCGCUGGUGAGGAAGAAGAGCUCGAUGCGGACGGAGACUUAGACAUGGAUGAUGACGAAACACCUCAGCCGGCUGUGUCAAGGCGUAAUCGUCAACAGCAGGGAUUAGCGACCACCAAAUCCAAGCCGCUCAAGCCUGUUGAACAGAAAGAAAUGGAGCUCGAAGAUGAAGACGAAGAAAAUGAGGAGUUGUCUGAACUAGACAGCGAUGCCGAGGGAGAACCCGAAGACACCAUGCUCCAAGACGAAGAGAUGGGUGAAGUCGGUGAGGAAGAAGACGAAGUCGACGACGAAGAGGAAGAGGAGGGUAUCGAAGAGGAGGAAGAGGAUGACGGGCUAGGCUCAGAUGACGACAGUGCACUCGACUUGACCAAACUGACUAAACGUCAACGAGGAUCAUUGGGUACUGAUUUCUUGCAAUUACCAAUGGAACCGCAAGUUAAGAAACAUCUCACUGCAGAGGAGCAUGCUAUGCGACGGGCUGAAAUGGCACGACGCAGAAAGAAUUUGAGCGAGAAACGAAACGAAGAAGAAAAGAUGGAUACUAUCAAUCGUUUGCUCAAAAAACAAGCACCGAAACGCCGUGGCCGCGUGCCAGUAGGCGAACUAGGUGGCGAGGCUACUCCCGAUGUCGCUGUUGAGCCUGAAAAAGCAGACCCAACCUACAUACGCUGGAUCAGUACCAGUGAAGGCUGCAAAGUAGCCGUUCCGACAGAAAUGCUCGGGAAACCAGCCUCUCGUCCAUUCGGAGGGUUGUCUGGGGUUGUAGCUCCAGGAAGCAAGCUUAUUGAAGAGGUUUAA